AUGCCAUUCAGCCCGGCUACUGGUACACCAGCAAGAGACGAUACGUAUGAUGUUGGUCCAACCAAUGGGCCGACUAUGGGUCCGCCUAUGGGCCGAGUGACAUUUCUGAAGAUGAAAUCGAAAGCUAUACUUAAUCGCCUUGAAAGUAUAGCCACCGACUUGGAUCCUGAUAAUCUGCACAGUAAGGAUGAAUAUGCUCUCAACGCAAUACUGGAAUUAUUGGUGGAGCUGAAAUCCAGUUUUUCGGUCACCCACACAAGUUUGGAGGAACUGGACUUCGAGUCGAUUACCAGUGACCUACCUGCCAAAUUCGAUACCACGCUAGUCAAUCUCAGAGCCACUCUGCAACGGGAGAUCGGGAAGCGCAGUACUUCACAACAUUGCUCAACUUUUCGGAUGAACACCGCGGACACACAGUCUAUAAUUGUAAACGCAAAUCGUUCGCGUGUGCCACUACUAACGUUGCCCAAAUUUAGUGGGGCUUACACGGAGUGGACAAAUUUUUACGCAAUGUUCACAUCUGUAAUCGACAAAGACAGUGAACUGACACAAGUGGACAAGCUUCAACAUUUGCGGUCUUGCCUUAGUGGUGCUGCCCUGGACACCGUGGGAUCACUCGAGAUAAACGACACUAACUACAAAAUUGCAUUAGAACUUUUACAAAAACGAUUUGAUAAUAAACGUCUUAUCUUUCAGGCACACAUCAGGGGAAUAUUUGAGUUGGACAAGGUGGAUUCGUCCGUACACACGUUGCGGGCAUUGACAGACAAGGCAAUCGCGCACAUGCGCGCUCUACAAUCUAUCGGCUCAAAAGAACAAAUAUCCGAUAGCACCCUCAUUCAGUUGAUAGUGCAAAGGUUAGACAAGGUGACUCAAGCUAAAUGGGAGGAGAAUUCGACAAGCAACGACCUACCCUCUUGGAACCAACUAGCUGGAUUUUUAGAAAAACGCUGUCGUACACUCGAAAACGUCGAAUAUGCAUUGCAGACACAAGCUAGCAUUCCGGUAAAAGUCAUCAAAAGCGUGAGUACAAAUCCAAGAAAAUCUUUUGUGGCUUCGAAUAGCUCAGUAGGUAGUUGCGUAUUUUGCGAAUCCCCCGAACAUGUAAUUUAUCGUUGUCAACGCUACGUCAAUUUGGCGCCAAAUCUACGCCAGAAAGAAGCUAAAAGGCUCAACCUUUGUCUUAAUUGUUUGAAGAAAGGUCAUCAGAUUCGUGACUGCAAAUCGGGACCCUGUCGCAGCUGUCAAGCGAAGCAUCAUACACUGUUACAUUUUGAUCGGUUAUCCAUUCCACCAACUACUCAGUGCCAAGCACCUUGCACUAUUUCUGAAUCGAAUGCUAGGACUGCAUCAUUAUCUGUCACGUCCCAUGCUCAUACUCCUUCUCCUGAUGUUGUGCUUCUCGCCACUGCAAUUGUUCUAAUUAAAAAUCGUGCCGGAACCUUCGUACCUUGCCGCGCCCUCCUAGAUUCGGGCUCGCAGCUUCACUUCGUUACAACUCGUUUCGCUAACCAGCUACAACUUACUAGAACGAAAUCAUUGGUCGCAGUCUCCGGCAUUGGAGAUGCAAGCUUUUCGACUGAUGGGUGCUCCGUUGAUAUAGUUCUGAAGUCGCGGACUUCAGAUUUUUGUACAAAUAUCACUGCUGUUGUGGUGAAAACAAUUACCGAUAGUCAACCAGUGGCUUCAAUGAACAUCGCUAAUUGGAACAUACCCUCAAACAUUCAACUAGCUGAUCCUGGUUUUAACGGACUUUUCUAUGAGCUACUUUGCGUAGGACAGAUUCAAUUAGCACCUGAAAUACCAUUACUUCAAAAAACUCGUCUUGGCUGGGUUCUGUCUGGCGGUAAGCAACAAGCCCCCAAACUUUCAACAUUCGUAGCAAGUCACAGCUCAACUACAGAUAUCAGUAUUGAUGAUCGGCUGGAUGAUUUAGUCCGGCAGUUUUGGGAGAUCGAUCAUGUCGUUGAACCGAUUUCUAAAAAUUCCAAAGAGGAGCUUGACUGUGAGUUGCAUUUCAAGCAAAAUUUCAUUCGUUUAGCCUCAGGCGCAUAUUCGGUUCGCCUGCCAAUAAAGCUAAAUUUAGAUUCGUUAGGUGAGUCGUACUCACAAGCUCGACGCCGAUUUCAAAACCUAGAAAGAAAACUCGUACGUAAUCCUGAGCUCAAGGCGAAAUAUUGUGCAUUCAUGAAAGAGUAUCGUGACCUCAAUCACAUGUCGUUAGUUCCAAACUCUGCUAUCCAUGAGUGCAAAUAUUUUCUGCCGCAUCAUUGCGUCAUUAAAGACGAAAGUACUACAACAAAAUUAAGAGUUGUUUUUGACGGUUCUGCAGCUACAACCUCGGGUUUGUCACUUAAUGAUUUACUCAUGACUGGACCAACAAUUCAGCCCAAACUUUUCAAUAUUUUAAUUCGUUUUCGUACGUUUCCGAUUGCACUCACUGGAGACAUCUGCAAAAUGUAUAGAUGCGUCCGGAUCUACCCACCGGAUAGCAUGCUCCAGUGUAUAUUAUGGCGUGAUUCUCCUGAAGAUGACUUAAAUAUAUAUAAAUUAGACACCGUAACAUAUGGAACUAAAUCUGCAGCAUUCCUAGCGAUUCGUUCAAUGCACCAACUUGCGUCGGAUGAAUCCUCAGUUUAUCCACUUGGUUCGCAAACCAUCAUUCGAGACUUUUACGUGGACGACUUGAUAAGUGGUGGCGAUACUUUGGAAGAAGUAGAAGAAAUCAAACGACAAACAACGAAUAUUCUCGCUCGAGGUAACUUCCAGCUAAGGAAAUGGUGUUCCAAUAGUCCAGAUGUUCUUCGUAAUAUUCCUGAUGCUGAUAAACAAGACUUGCUUAAGUUUAAUGACGGCAGCGACAUCACCAAGGCAUUGGGUUUGAUCUGGAAGCCGUUUGAUGACAAUCUGCUAUUUUCGUUUACGUCGCAACCUGAAUGUUGCAAAAACUCCAAGCGAUCGGCGUUGUCUACGUUAGCUCGUUGUUAUGAUCCGCUUGGACUCAUUGGCCCCACCUUGACCAGAGGAAAAAUUCUUUUACAGCGCAUGUGGAGGGAUAAGCUGGAGUGGGAUGAAAGCUUACCGCACUCACUGAACACUGCCUGGUCUACAUUUCGCAACGAGUUCGUCGAAGUGCAGCAUUUAUCAUUCCCUCGGUACGUACUGCAGCCUGGAGCCACCGUCGAAAUUCAUGCAUUUUGUGAUGCAAGUAUCGAAGCGUACGGUGCCUGUAUCUACAUUCGCUCGAUAAUGGAUGACCGCGCGCAAGUGCAUCUACUGUGUUCCAAAGCUCGCGUCGCUCCAUUGAAGAUACUUACGAUACCCAAACUGGAACUCUGCGCUGCUGCCUUGCUUGCGGAAUUAGUAAAUGGGAUAUUCAAAAUGAAACUUUUCGCCGGCCGCUUUCACUGUUGGUCGGAUUCAUCGAUUGUGCUUUCAUGGCUGCGUGAAGAGCCAUCUAAAUUUAAUGUGUUCGUUGCUAACCGGGUAAGCGCGAUACAGCAACUUACAGAGGGCGCUCUCAAACGCUUCGUCGCUACGCGCGGCAUACCUAGCUGCAUCUGGUCAGACAACGCCACAAACUUUGUAGGCGCUAGAAACGAGUUAAACGACUUACGAAAUUUAGUCCUCAAUGAAAAUCAUCGUAGCGCAGUUAAUAACUACUGCAUUAGCAAUGGAUUUGAUUGGCGCUUCAUACCGCCUCGUUCGCCGCAUUUUGGGGGCCUAUGGGAGGCAGCGGUUAAAACAGCCAAGCAGCAUCUAUAUCGUUCAGUUGGGUCCUCAAUUCUUGGAUUUGACGAAUUGCGUACUUUGGUAUGUCAAAUAACAGCUAUAAUAAAUUCGCGACCUCUUGUUCCACUUUCAGAGAAUCCAGAAGAUCUUGAUGUGCUUACGCCAGGUCACUUUGUGAUUGGUGGCCCACCAACCGCUUUUCCUGAACCUAAUCUUACUUCGCUGAAUUAUAACCGGCUCAACCAAUGGCAACGCGUAUCCUACAUUCAACAAAUUUUCUGGAAGCGUUGGAGUCAAGAAUAUCUGACUAUUCUACAGCAGCGAGUUAAAUGGCGGACGCCUUAG